AUGCGACGUGGUACGCAUCGGUCGGCUGAACUGACGCGAUCGAUGGUGGCGGACGGGAGCGGAUCAACGAGGCCGGGUGGAAAACAAGGCGGCUGGAUGAUGAGAGAAGCAGAAAAAUAUAGAGGCGGCCGCACAGACUCGAAGAGGUUGAUUACCGGAUUCGUGUUGCUAGGAUGGGUGUGGCGGCGCAACAUGCAGAUACAUGCAUGCAGCCGCGAGACUGAAGGGGAAGAGUCGAGCUCCCAACGCAUCAUCAUCAUCGUCGUCGAGUCGAACACGAUGCCUCGGGUCCUUCGUGAAGCUAUACGUGGGUCUAUCGUAAGCGGGAGAGAUGACCAGAGGGAGAUGAGGUAG